AUGAAUCAGUAUUCACUGCCUCAACCAGCUCUGGAGGAGUCCCAGGAAUGGAAAAUUCAUCACCAUUUAUCAUUUUACACUGUUUUGCUUUCGAAAAUAGCAGCAAUUAAAUGUGUAUGCGUCAAGUUUGACAAUUCAACAUUAAUACAAAGCCGUUCAAAGAGACUACGUAAACUGAUCCUUCCGAUUAUUCUUCUGUUGAAACUCAAGGCGGCGAUCAUUAUCCCGAUCGUCCUGUCUCUGAUAUCCUUUUUGGCAUUCACGGGAUUCAAGAGCGGUUUGGCCGCUCUUGCUAUUUCAGGUGCAGUGGGGUUGAAGAGCCUUUUAGAGAAUCAUCAUGGACACCCGAAAAUUGCGUAUGAGAUUUUACCAUCAAUCGCAUCAGGAUGGAGCAGGACGUCAGGUGACGAAGGACUACCUAUCGCAGGAUACCAGACCAUACCGUAA